UUUAGCUUAUCCUUUGGCACAUUAUGAGCUUCAGGAUUUUCAGUUAUCAACUCUGGCAUCUUCAGAGGCCACAAUCAGCUUACAGCAUUGCAUUAUCAUAGGUAGUGCUACAUAUCUAGUUCCUUUUGCUGUACCUAACUGUGAUUAAAUCCCAGGUGUGAGGAUCAUUAAGUAUCCCCACCUGGACCAAUCAAAGGACCAACAGCUUGUAGUUACUGCAGCACACAACCUGAGGUCAGGAGAUCUUAGUCAUGCGCUUCCAACAACAAAGGAGGCCGCCCCUGGAGGCCAUUCAAGAGGAGUUGGAGCAGGAGGAUGAAACUGAGAGCAGAAGUUCGUCAGACGGGGAGUAUUACCCACUUCAGGUAGAUUCACAGGCAGAGGAGGUACUGGAGGAAGAAAAAGAGGAAGAUGAUGAUGAUGAUGAUGAUGAUGAUGAUGAUGAUGAUGAACCACUGCGAGUUCUGAGGCCCAGACGUCACUCAAGACUAAGCAGUACAAGUCUGAGUCACAUCCAGUCCAAUGAAAACGAAGUUCAAAAUGUUUCUGUGCCAGAUUUGAGCAGGAGUGCCAUCGAUGGAAGUAAAAAUUCACCAUGGUCAGAUUCAAGAGAACGGACAAGAAGUCGAAGUUUCCGGUUAAAAGCCUCCAAGAAUAGUUGGGAGAGAUUGUCAGAACGUACUCCAUCCGUGAAGAAAAGGAAGAAAAAGUUUAAGGGUGAGCCGUUUCCUCCGUGGGUCGUGAACCUAAUGAUUGACAUUGAAGAGGCAACAUCUCAUCAACUGGUGGUUGAGUGAUGUUCAUCACUGUAGGCCUCCCCAGUGGAAUGUCAAACAUGCGGGACACGGCAGAACAAGAAUGCACAGUCAUCAAUGGAGUGGUGGAAAGAACAGUUGAUGCCCCCCAGGACUGGAUGAAGACCGAGGGUCAAAGCAGAAUGCAGCCUUUGUGAACAUGAUUCCGUUACCUGAGGAAAACUACAGAUUUGCUUUGAGUUUAUUAUAAAUGAUAGAAAUUGGCAAGUAUUGUUAGUCAUUUACAAUGUGAAUGUAAUGGGGCAAAUACAUUUUUUGGGGUAUUUAUGGUAAAUCAAAAUCAUUUUAUUAAACUUGCUAAAUUACUGUUGGGUUAA